AUCUAGAAUCAGAUGUGGUUAACUGACAUGGGUAAGUCUAAAGAAAAAAAAGUUCACAGCUCUAAAAUAGCAUCACUGGGGAGUGACAACAGCUAGAGCAAGUGAAGGCAGGUGGGUUUUUGGCUGGGUUGCUACAAGAUUUCUGACCACUUCAAAAUACAUUUCCAGAGUGCUCGAAGGAUAUUGAAGGAACCACAGAGAUGUUCUGGCAUUAACAAGGAGAAAUCACAAGGGAGGAUCCCAUGGCAUAGAUAUCCAGGUGCAAUUUACCCUUGUGCAAUGCUAAGGAGGGGUAACAGCCAGUUAACUGCAUGAUUCCAUGGUGACAAAGUUCUGCACAGUCCUGUAGUUAUUGUGAGGAAAGUCACUGGGAGAGCUGAGUUUUGGUGCCAUUGUGGAAGAAAAAUCCCACUCAAGGUUGUUCCUGUUGGCGUCUUCCUCCUUCCUUCCUGCCCUUGAGCCUGCAGAAGAGGCACCUGCUCUUCACCAUGACAAACAGCAGCUUGACUCUAAGCAGCCUGGAUGCAGUUUACAUCACCAUCGAGUUCGUUAUUGGGAUAUCGGCGACCCUGGGCAACAUCCUGGUCAUCUGGACGGUGAAGCUGAACCCAGCUUUUCAGACAAAUACCUUCUACCUCAUCGUCUCCUUGGCACUGGCCGAUAUAGCUGUGGGUAUCCUUGUCAUACCGCUGGCCAUCGUGGUGAGCCUGGAAGUCGUCAUCCACUUCUACUCUUGCCUCUUCAUGUGCUGCCUGCUGAUGGUUUUCACUAAUGCCUCCAUCCUGUCUCUCCUGGCUAUCGCGAUCGACAGGUACCUGAGAGUGAAGCUGCCCACUAGGUACAGAAUAAUCACCACAAAGAGAAGAAUUUGGGUGGCUCUUGGAAUUUGCUGGCUGCUGUCCUUGCUGACAGGAUUUGUCCCCAUGUUCGGAUGGAAUCAAAGGACUGACACAAAAAGGGCCAGUGAACUCAAGUGCAAAUUCACCUCUGUGAUGAGAAUGGAUUACAUGGUAUAUUUCAGCUUCUUCGCCUGGAUCCUCAUCCCUAUGAUCCUCAUGUGUGCUCUGUAUAUUGAGAUCUUCUACAUUAUCCGGACAAAGCUAAGUCAAAGUGCAACAAACAUGAAUGCAACAAGAGUGUUUUAUGGGAAGGAGUUCAAGGCAGCCAAAUCUUUGGCCCUCGUCCUCUUCUUGUUUGCUAUUUGUUGGCUGCCUUUGUCCAUUCUAAACUGUAUCCUCUAUUUCUGUCCCAAAUGUCAUAUCCCAUCGCCUCUGUUGUACGUGAGCAUUCUGCUGUCUCACUCCAAUUCGGUCAUGAACCCCAUUGUCUAUGCUUGCAAGAUAAAGAAGUUCAAAGACACUUAUACUCUUAUUUUAAGAGCCUGUGUUCUGUGCACGAGUCCAAAGCUGGUCAGUCCUAGCAUGGAGCAAACAUCAGACUGCGACCCAGCGACCCCUUGAUGCCAACUGGCAGAAGGUCCAGGGGGCACACACAGGAUUUUACAGGGGUUCCCUGGGUCACAUAUAUGCAUAAUAAUUCACCAAAGAAUGGCAAAUGAGGUCUCUACCAAGAGCCAGGAGCCCACUGGUCAUCAUAACCAUGGCAAUAUGAAUGGACGGAUAAUAUUUAAGGAGUUAUGUAUCUAUAUUGAAAAUAAUGUUCUUAAGGUCUUGGAGUUAAAGCAGGUCACAUACCUUGGAAAUGUUCCUUUCAGGCAAGUGGUCAUUUGUGUAUUGUGUAGUGCGCAAUGUAUGCCUCACAAUGUAUGCCUAUUUGCAUAUUGAGCCAGGUGCUAAUUAAGAGACUGUGAAAAUCUACAAGAGAGGAAAUCUACAGGAAGAAAAAACAGUAGGAGAGUGUCCUGCUUAUGAAUAAAGACAAAUGAUUGUUUGGGGUAUAUCUUGGUGUGCAAAGGGACACACUGAAACCUUCACCUUGGAGGCAAACUGACAGCAUGCAUAUCUCAUGCAAGGGGUGGGGGGGGAGGGUGUCACAGCCAGCCUAGCUAGAAAGUGCUGCAAGGAUUUUAGAUGAGCAAUACUCUUCUAGCCAUGAGAGUAUCUUGUUAAUUAAGUCUAGGCUCUAGAAUGCAUGCUAUGAUUUUAUUCUUUAUGGAACCAUUUGUUUCCAAUACUUCUACUUGCUUCUACUCAAAUUGUUAUGCUUUGUUAAAUAAUCUUGUAUUUGAUUUAACUAUAAACAAAUCUCAAUGCUGUGUGUUCAGCGGAGUGGUGCUCUGAAGUGGGACUGGUAAGCUGGCUUGUACCAUUUCUUUGGAAGCAGCAAAUCUGUGAAUACUGUGAGUGUCCAGUGGCACAAGGGCUCGUCACUCCAGGGAGAUGCUCAGAGGUUGGAGCGUGCCUAUUGCUAACCUGCAGAAUGACAGCGGGGCCUGCAAGGCCUAGAGGGAAGUGAUUAUGUUGCCCAUGGCCAGUGGAGUUGGGGAGCUGACCCCCAGCAGGCACAGAGAAGGCAUCCUCAUGCUAAGGGCAGAUGGUAGCAAGGUGCCUCAGAGUCCUGGGUACCCCCAGCAAGAAUCACACAAGGCAGUGGUCAUAAAUCAAGAAUGGCAAUUGAAUUAUCUGGGUAAAUUAUAUCCACAUAAUGUAAACAGACUGAUAACCCUGCUGCAUUAACAGGCUCUGGGAGAAAUAUAUGCUCUGAAUAUUCUGCUCAUUCAUUCUACACAUGCUGGAAAGAAAGGCUUCACCAGAAAUACAAAGGUAGCAGGAUUAGUAGAAUCUAGUCCAAACUCAGCCAUGUUUUUCUAAAGCACAUUGUCUGCACCAGCGAUUAGCUUAUGGGUUUUAAGGCCAAAAGGAAUCAUUAUGAGUAUCUAGUCUGUCCUCCUGCAUAACACAGGCCAUAGAACCUCAUCCAGUGAUUCCGGUAACCAGCCUAUAGCUUGUGGUUGAGCUAGAGCGUUGACUUGUUUUGGUAUUUUUAGAAAGAUUUACAGUCUUGAUUCAAAGAUGUGAACUUUUCAUGAUGGGGUAAUGACUUUGUCUACUGAUAAAUGAGAUAUAGAUCCUUUUGCCUCUAGUUCAUCAGCUCAGAUCUGUCCCAGGACAGCAAUGAAAAGCAGUUAUAUUAUUAUUAACUAUUGUUUACAGGUAUCCUGGGAUAGAUUUGAGCUGGUCAACUAGAUUUAUUAUCUUCUGAUCAUAAGUCCAACCACUGAGGAGUUGACAGUGGAAUGUCCUCCCCACUCAGCUUUCUGCUAUCCUCUCCAUUUCCCUUUCAGUGCUGCUGCAGGUCUAGUGCUUUUAUCCAGACACUCCUUCCCACUUUUUGCCACAGUUACACCUAUGCAUCUGAUGCCUUUUCAGUACCUUGUGAGAACUGGGUUCCAGCACAUUCACUGGAAGACAGGUGUCUGCAGCACCAAACCUCACUCUCAGCUGGGCCCCUUGGUGGCAGUCUCCGCAGAGAGGACCAAAGGCUGAAUGGGCUAUGGAGGCUAAACUCCUCUUAGCCCUACAAGGAGUUCCUGUCAAUGGGCAGCCAUUUAUCAACUUGCAAUUCACUUAACCCUCCCCCACAAAAAAUAAAUAAGUCCCAGAACCACACUACAGUGGACAUGUCCUGUUGAGACAUACCACUCCAGACAAUAACAGGCAGCAUUGGUGGUUGUGGUGGUGGGGAAGAUAACAAAAUAUGCCACAGGGACACAAUAUACCAGUUCUUUCAUGGGAAUACCAGUGAGUUAGCAUAGCUGUAGGUACAGCUUUUAUUAUUUCAAAAGUCAGUAAAGAGAUUCCAGGUGCAUGUUUUGUCUUUCACAUUUUCUCAUAAGGGUAUUGACCAGAGUCAGUUGGAAAAGAUGUUAGGUGUUGUCAAGGUUCCUUCCCCACUCUGAACUCUAAGGUACAGAUGUGGGGACCUGCACGAAAACCUCCUUAGCUUACUUCUACCGGCUUAGGUUAAAACUUCCCCAAGGUACAAACUAUUUUACCCUUUGCCCUUGAACUGCCACCACCAAACGUUUAUCUGGGUUUAUUUAUUAGGAAAGCGUUGUUUGGAAACGUCUUUCCCCCCAAAAUCCUCCCAACCCUUGCACCCCACUUACUGGGGAAGGUUUGGUAAAAAUCCUCACCAAUUUGCAUAGGAGACCACAGACCCAAAGCCUUGGAUCCUAAGAACAAUGAAAAAGCAUUCAGUUUCUGAAAAGAAGGAUUUUAAUAGAAGUAAAAAAUAAAAAAGAAUCACCUCUGUAAAAUCAGGAUGGUAAAUACCUUACAGGGUAAUUAGAUUCAAAACAUAGAGAAUCUCUCUAGGCAAAACCUUAAGUUACAAAAAGACACACAGACAGGAAUAUCCAUUCUAUUCAGCACAACUUAAUUUCUCAGCCAUUUAAAGAAAUCAUAAUCUAACGCAUAUCUUGCUAGAUUACUUACUAAGUUCUAAGACUCCAUUCCUGUUCUGUCCCCAGCAAAAACAUCACACAGACAGACACAGACCCUUUGUUUUUCCCUCCCCCCAGCUUUUGAAAGUAUCUUGUCUCCUCAUUGGUCAUUUUGGUCAGGUGCCAGCGAGGUUAUCCUAGCUUCUUAACCCUUUACAGGUGAGAGGAUUUUUCCUCUGGCCAGGAGGGAUUUUAAAGGGCUUUACCCUUCCCUUUAUAUUUAUGACAGGUGUGUAUUCCUGUUUUCCAAAAUACAGUACUUAGCAGCCUGGGCAUAUCCUGACCGAAUAAUAUUUGAAGAGAGGCGUGUUGUGUUGUCUGACCCAGGAACUCCUGAAUUUUAAUCACAGCUUUGGCAGUGACUUCUCUUUCAACCAGUCACUAAACUACUCUCACAAUUUUGCCAUCUGUCAAAUGGAGAAAAUAGUUACAGCACAGGGUGUCAUAACUAUUACUUAACGUUUGUAAAGGGUCUUCAAGACAAAAAAGCUGCUCAGCAAUAUAUUUCAAGCCUGCUGUUGUAUUUUUGUUCAUCUUUAUAGUUUAGCUACCGAUAUGUUUGGAGUCCAGCAAAAAAAGUAAGCUGAGUAAAAGGAAAACUUAUGGGAAUCUGAGAGAAGGCCACAUAGCUCUUUGAAUGCAUCUCCGACUGAUUGCUGAAUAGUUCUCAGUAGUUGCAUUGUUCCCUAAUUGCCCUGCCUGUCCCUGAGAACUUUUGUUCACACCUGGCUCUCUCUCAACACUGGAUUCAGUCUCUAAGGUGCCACAAGUCCUCCUUUUCUUUUUGCGGCUACAGACUAACACGGCUGCUACUCUGAAACUGGAUUCAGUGUUACCUCAUGUGGUUUGACCAGAAGCUGACUGUCCUUCUGUCUCUCCAUUUUUGAAACAUCGCUGUGAAGCAUCCUGAGUGUUUGUGGAAAGUGGGAUGAACUAGUUCAGGGGUAGUCAAUUAUUUUUUGUCAAGGUCCAUAUUUCUCGGUUAAGGUAUAGUCAAGGUCCAGACUCCAGAGAAGAAAAAAAAUAAUAGUGAUGAUAUUAAUAAGUAAAUAAAAAGAUUUCAGGGUCCUUUCGAAAGCAUCUGGCGGUCUGGGUUUGGCCCAUGGUCCGCCUACUGACUACCCCUGAACUAGAGUGAUUGUGUCAGAGAAACCAGAGGAAUAGAGAACUGCAAACCAACUGCAACCACACACACAAGACAAAGCUCCAGACAAAGUUUCAGACUAAUACCCAAAAAAGAGGAAGCCAGGGCAGUGGUGAAAGAAUGAAACUCAAACUUCCACUUAUCAGAAUAGCUGAUGGAAAAGAAACUUUGCUUUAAGUAUUAAGUGAAAUACACUGUUGCAAACUAAAGAGACUUUGGGAAAAAACAGGGAAAGUUAAUUUUGCUCUAGGGUUGAAAACCGCAUAGCCACACUGAACAAGCUUGUGAUUGAGACACUAGACUAGGAUCUGGAAGAUCUACAUUCAAUUCCUCCAUCUGCCUCAGGUCCCCUUUUGAAAAAUGGAAAUUUCUCCCUCUUUUUAGAGGUCUUGUCUUUUUGGACUGCAAACUCUUUAAUGCCAAACACACUGGAGCCCUGAUCUCUGCUGGUGCGGCUAGGCACUACUGUAAUACGUAUAAGAGCAGUUCUUAUACCCUGAUCACUGGAGCAUGGCAGGGCAUGGACACAGUAGAAUGAUUAGCCAGCCAUGCUCACGUUCUUUCAAUUUUUUCUAAUAUUUUUAAAAAAUCCAAAGUCAAAUACAUAGAGAACAAAGAGUGGGUGCAAUAUGGUGUGAACUCGCACAUUCUGAAUGUCUCAAAGGAGUAUGAAGGGGGCCUCCUUCCUGCAAUUGCCUUAGAGGAUUCUAGGCUAUAGCUUCUGCCAUUUUACAAACAAGAAGUUGUGCUAGGUCACAGCAGGCUGAAAUUGGCUAAUGUCCUUGUUAAAAUAGGAUAUAGCUCUGAUGGCUAAAGUAUCACAGCUAAUCAAAUUGCAACACUGACUUCUAAUCCAAGGGGCAUCUGCCUUGUGUGCCUCCAAAUGCACGUGCAGCAUCCUCCCCAAAUCAUACUAACUUUCUCUAGAGGUCUGACAUUUAAGUUAGCAUGAACUACACCCACUGUCCUGCCCCAGGUGAUCAGAGAAAGCAGCCUGAGUAGAUUGUCAGCUUUUGGGGCACGGGGCUCUUUGUCCCGUGUUUGGGUAGCACCUAGCACCGCAAGAAUGCAAAUAAUAAUAAUAAUAGUCUCAAGACCCUUUCAAACCACAUCUUGACUAGAACAAGUUCCAGCUGAUAAGCUACAUUAAAUACCAGUAGUUGAUUGGUAGCAUCUGCUGUUUCUAGUAAGCAUAGCAGAGAGUGGAAAUAGGAUGUAGGAGCCAGGCUUUUUUUCCCUGAUAAAGGCUAUUCUAGGAAAGUUGAAAGGGAGCAAUUCUGUUCUGCUCAUCCAAGGAAGUUACUGAUAAAAAUGCUCUAUUUCUUGGCCUUGUGACUAAGAUGAAGUAUAGAACCAGUUUAACACCUGUCACAGCCUCUGACAGGGGAUGAUGUCUACCCUGGUGUGCAGGGGGACUCAGGUAAUGAACAGGUCAGUGAGGGAGCUCAGCCAGACUGCGUAACACCCAUGGAUUUCCCUGCAGAACCCCUGUUCAUCAGUAACCAGACAGACCAGCUGGCUGCUGUGGGUUGUCAGAGGCUUGGACAGGGGCCCCAUUUAGUUAGUUGUGGGCCUCACAGAAGGUUUAUUCCCAGGGCAUGUGCAGUGACACCGUUCGUAAGAGACCACACGAGCACAAGGCGGCACAGGACCAACACCCCCAUAGGGCUAACAGACAAAGUGAGCGUUCCUGAGACCAGACGUCACGAACAAGCAGACAAAACGAUUGGCCCAGCCAGAUCUCCCGUUGAAACCCCACAGCUCUAAGAGAAUCAUUCUGCCCUACCUUCCUAAACGGAACCCCAACGGACAGCAUUGGCUACCCCAUCGUUCCCAGAGACGAAGUGAAGCAAUUCUGUUCUUCCCAGCCCUAUCAAGCUGCCAUUUCCCCCUCCUCUCUGCACACAUCUCUUAUAGGGGAAUUUAGUAAUUCACCCCAGCUGAGCCCAUUCCCAUUGCCCUCUUAGUCAGGGUCAUUACAAUGAGGAUAGGCACCUGUGUUGUUUACAGGGCUCAGGGAGAGUCUCUAUUAAUCUUCUCCCUGCCAAGAGAGUCCAUUGCCCGCACCACACCCUGAAAAAUGUCUGUCUGCUUCCCAGCCAGGGGUAUUGUCCGAAGCACUUUCCCACCCGAGGCAUAACACGGCAUUCUCUCUGACCUGUGGUAGAUGCCCUUGGAAGUACCUCAGAUUUUUACCCCUGUGCCGGCUGUGCAGAGACCCAAUGUGCAGCCUAUCUGCUAAUUAAGUCCACGUAAGCUGUACUUUAAGUAGGAUUGCCACUGCUAAGGUACAAAAAAACAGGAGCUCAGGGAUGAUCCUGGACAGCUGGCAGUGUGCACCCGUACAGAUUUCCCAGGACAGCUAUGAUCCUGGGAAACCCUGGCUAGAUGGCAGCCCUAAUUUUACAUGGUCCUUAGGCCUCGUGCUGGCUUCUGCACAGGGGAGAAUUGCACCCAGCAGGAGCAAAUGAGACAGCGUGUUGCAGUGACAUCUGAGUGAUGAAGAGUCAUGAUUGGCUGAGCGAAGCCAGGUCCUGCACUCAACUUGAUGGCAUUUCUGUCUGUCUGUAACAUGGUAACUUUUCAACCCUGCAUCCAAUCAGUUCCAAAAUGAUGUAGGAACAAUGGGUAGAACUCUAUGGAUUUUGGUGAAAAUAGGAAAACGAUGGACACACAAAGCCCUUGGCAUCUAGUUAACAGAUGCAGCAGCUUCAACCACCUCUUUGAUUGCCUAUAAUCAAAGAACCAGUUGAUGGCAGCCAUUAACAACUGGUUAACACAGAGCCUCUGCAUGAGAGAGGUUAAGGGGGGUGCAGGGAAUCCUUGAAAUAGAGGGACAAAGGCAGGAAGCAUAUAGUGUUUGUGUUGUGUGGUUGCUGGUGAGUAUUUGCUUCAGGUUGGGGGGCUGUCUGUAAGCAAGGACUGGCCUGUCUCCCAAGAUCUGUGAGAGUGAUGGGUCGUCCUUCAGGAUAGGUUGUAGAUCCUUGAUGAUGCAUUGGAGAGGUUUUAGUUGGGGGCUGAAGGUGACGGCUAGUGGCGUUCUGUUAUUUCCUUUGUUGGGCCUGUCACGUAGUAGGUAACUUCUGGGUACUCUUCUGGCUCUGUCAACACUAACCCAGGAACCAAACAAACCCUUGCAACAAAGCCCGUUGCCAACUGUGUCCACAUAUCUAUUCAGGGGACAACAUCAUAGGGCCUAAUCACAUCAGCCACACUAUCAGAGGCUCGUUCACCUGUGCAUCUAUCAAUGUGAUAUGUGCCAGCAAUGCCCCUCUGCCAUGUACAUUGGCCAAACUGGACAGUCUCUACGUAAAAGAAUAAAUGGACACAAAUCAGACGUCAAGAAUUAUAACAUUCAAAAACCAGUCGGAGAAUACUUCAAUCUCUUUGUUCACUCGAUUACAGACCUAAAAGUGGCAAUUCUUCAACAAAAAAACUUCAGAAACAGUCUCCAAUGAGAGACUGCUGAAUUGGAAUUAAUUUGCAAACUGGAUACAAUUAACUUAGGCUUGAAUACAGACUGGGAGUGGAUGUGUCAUUAAACAAAGUAAAAUUAUUUCCCUUUGUUUAUUUCCCCUCCUACUGUUCUUGUAAAGUGCUGGAAAUGGCCCACCUUGAUUAUCACUACAAAAGGUCCCGUCCCCCCCCGCCCUCCUGCUGGUAAUAGCUCAUCUUUCUUGAUAACUCUUGUUACAGUGUGUAUGGUAACACCCAUUGUUUCAUGUUCUCUGUGUAUAUAAAUCUCCCCACUAUAUUUUCCACCGUAUGCAUCCGAUGAAGUGAGCUGUAGCUCACGAAAGCUUAUGCUCUAAUAAAUUUGUUAGUCUCUAAGGUGCCACAAGUACUCCUUUUCUUAAUAUAAUAAUGGUUCCCCCAGGGCUGUGUCCCAUUGUCAUUGGUAUCAUGAUACACUAGUGCUUAAAGAAAUAGUGGUUUUAAAUGUGAGUGGAGAAGAACAGAUCUCAGUGUCAGUCAUAAAGCACAUUUGCUCAUCCCUUAUCUUUUGCAGUCAUCAUAUGGCCAUUUAAUCUCACUUCUUUAAACGCUGAGCAAUGUGUUUGUGUUUCUAGACAUUUCUGCCUCUUUUCCAUUUACGAAACUUGGCUUCUCUUUGUCAGAUAUUGUGAAUAUUGACUUCUGCUGAGGUGUGCAGCAAGU